CCAGGGCUGACGCAAUUUGAAGAUCAGACUGUAACGGGAAGACACGUAUUCACAGCGUUUGACAUCUAUUUUCCCCGUCUACUGCGAUUGGUCAGUUCUAAAGAUGCCGCCCGCGCUUGACACCCACCUCGAUGAGGACGAGCUCGCAGAAAUUGACUUCUCCGACAUUGAAGAGCGAUACCGUGUUGAUCUUCCCACCGGCUUCGACACGGUUGUCGUUGUCGACAAUGUUCCGGUUGUCGGAGACGCCAAAAGGGAGAAGCUUCUUACCAUGAUCCGUAAAAUGUUUUCGAAUAUGGGAGCGAUCAAGGAUUUGCAUAUGCCAACUGACCCGAAAACCGGGGAAUCUAAAGGGUUUCUCUUCAUUGAUUUUGAGACACCUGAAGGAGCGGCAAUGGCUGUAAGACACGGCAACGGUACACGGCUGGACAAGAGGCACGUCCUUGCCGUCAACCGGUUUGACGAUAUUGAGACGUACACGAGUGUAAGCGACGAAUAUCAAGAGCCCGAAGAGGAACCUUUUGUGGAGAAGGAGUACAUGAAGAGCUGGCUCGGGGAUCCCCGUGCGCGUGAUCAGUGGGUUAUGAUGAAGGGAGAAGACGUUAGCAUUUACUGGAACAACAAAGGCGAGCAGCCUGAUUUGGUGCACAGCAGAAGCAACUGGUCCGACAUGUACGUCUCUUGGUCGCCCAAAGGUACAUACCUUGCAACCUUCCACAAGCAGGGUAUCGUCUUGUGGGGAGGUCCAAGCUGGAGCAAAAUCGUUCGAUUUCCACAUACCAACGUCAAGCUCAUCGACUUCAGCCCCAAUGAAAAAUACCUGACCACUUGGAGCCAUGAGCCUUUUGUAACUCCUGAAGGAGAGCAUCAUCACAUUGCGAUUUGGGAUAUUGUUACCGGAAGAAAGCUGCGUACCUUCCCCCUUGAAUCGUCAGCGUUAGGUCAACAAGACGGCAAACAGAACACAGUUAAAAUUGACUGGCCUAUGUUCAAAUGGUCUCACGAUGACAAGUACGUUGCCCGUAUGUUACCGGACAUGAUCAGUGUAUACGAGACUCCGGGAAUGGGUUUGCUGGAUAAGAAGAGCUUCAAGAUCCCUGGUGUCAAGUCAUUCGCUUGGUCACCCUCCGACCAUAUUUUGAGCUACUGGACCCCCGAAAGCGGUAAUAUCCCAGCGCGUGUCACUUUGACCCAGGUUCCUAGUCGCAACACCGUCCGAACCAAGAAUUUAUUCAAUGUCAUUGAUUGUAAAUUGUACUGGCAAUCGGCUGGAGACUACCUCCUCGUCAGAGUUGAACGAGUAAAAACAAAGAAGUCGACCAUGACCAACUUUGAGGUGUUCCGCAUGCGUGAAAAGGAUGUGCCUGUUGACGUGUCGGAGAUUGACAGCAACAUAGAAGUUACCAAUAUCUUCUGGGAGCCAGCAGGGCCGCGCUUUGCGGUACUAGCUCAGGAAGGACAAAAGAUUCUAUGCAACUUUUAUCAAAUGGUCACAGCCAAGGAUACGACAGCGGGAAAGAAAGGAGGCCCAUCAGCAACUGACCUUGCUCAAGGCGUGAAAUUGCUCAAGUCGGUAGAUGCAAAGGGCACAAAUCAGGUGAUAUGGUCACCGAAAGGACGAUUCUGCGUAUUAGCGGGUGUUCGGGCUUUCCAAGGAGAACUUCAAUUCUGGGAUGUGGAUGAGCUCAUUUUGAUGAACACUGGCGAACAUUACAUGUGCACAGACGUUGAAUGGGACCCUACUGGACGAUACGUAACCACCUCUGUGUCCUGGUGGCGUGUUCAGAGUGAUACUGGUUUUAUCAUGUGGACAUUUACAGGUCAAGUUCUGGCCAAGCAGAGCGUCCCAUUCUUCAAACAAUUGUUGUGGCGCCCACGACCACCUAUUCUCCUGAGUCCCGAAAAACAAAAGCAAAUACGAAAGAAUCUCAAAGAGUACAGCAAGCAAUUUGAGGAGGAGGAUGCGGCUCAGACUAAAGCCGUCAGUCGGGAAGUGCUCGAAAAGCGGGUACGCCUUUGGAAGGAGUGGAACGAAUAUGUCGCUCGUGUGCGGGACGAUUACGAACGUGCAAAGGAUCUUCGAACCGAUAUCUGGGGCUUCGAUCCUGAAGAGGUGGAUGAAGGAGAAGUUGAGGGUGUUGAGGAAUGGGUGGAGGAGAUCAUUGAAGAAACGGAGGAAAUCGUGGAAGACUAGAGGCGGCGGGAUGCCCAAAUUUUUUAUGAUCUUGCAGGCGUUUGGGAUCAUACAAAUAUACGCAUGAUAGAGCACUGGCAUGUCUAUUCCAAAACCGCAGUGUUUGAGAAAUUUCAAUGUGAUUCGACUCAUUCCUA